GACUCUGCGCAUGCGUGCUGCCCAUUCCGUGUGAAGAUGGCGGCGUGCGGCGCCGAGGCCCGAGUGGGAGAUGUGGAGGAGGACGCUUCGCAGCUUGUCUUCCCGAAAGAGUUCGAGAGUUCGGAGACACUGUUGAACUCUGAAGUUCACAUGCUGCUGGAACACAGGAAACAGCAGAAUGAGAGCGCAGAGGAUGAGCAGGAGCUUUCAGAGGUUUUCAUGAAAACGUUAAACUACACUGCUAGGUUCAGUCGGUUCAAAAACAGGGAGACCAUUGCAAGUGUCAGGAGUCUGCUGUUACAGAAGAAAUUGCACAAAUUUGAGCUAGCCAGUCUGGCUAACUUGUGUCCUGAAACAGCUGAAGAGGCCAAAGCUCUUAUUCCCAGUCUGGAAGGUCGAUUUGAAGACGAAGAGCUGCAGCAGAUUCUCGACGACAUUCAGACCAAACGAAGCUUUCAGUAUUAAUAUCACUGGCUCCAGUCAAUAACUCUUUUCAGUGUUUUUCCAUUGGAAAUUGGCACUGGUGCUUCACACUAGCACCAAGUUGUUUUAAAAAGUGAAGAUGGACAAACUGUGGCUUGAACAGACCAAACAAGUCACACAACCUGAAGACCUGAUAAUCUGCUGGGUUAUUUCUACAUCCAAAAUCACUUAGUAGCACAUUUGACGAGUCCCUGAAUGUAAAUAUACUCUGGAAUUGCUAGAGAUAAGUUAUUUUUUAAUUCAGAUAUCCAGGUGCCCUUGUGUGUCAAUUUUCUAACUGUCACUACUGACAAAGUGAAAUCUUGUAACUCAUUCUCAGCACCCUGGCUCCUUUUUUGUUUCAUAGUAGGAAUGCACGCAGGCUCCUUGGGGAGAGGUUAAGGCCAACUGUGCUCUUCCCUCACUGACUAAAUUCAACUGAGACUGGUUAUGGUCUGAAGAUUGAACCUGGGGAGCGUGCUUACGUUUGGAUGUUGAGGUGAAGGCCUGGUGUCUCAACUCGCUUUCUACAGUUCCAUUAAAAAAUUGACAUAAUUUGAUGUACUAUGUAAAUUUGUCUGGCUGUCGUACUGUUUUUCUAAAUCUAAUUUGCUGUAGAUUCUUCACCUCUAGAAAUGAAGUGGAAAAUGAAAAGAGUUAAAUUGGUACUUCUCUUCACAAGUAGUCGUUGAAAUAAAACUCCUGUGGAGUUGGUCAAAAAGUUUGCAUACUGGAAGUCGUUCAGCCACACAGCUCCAUACCAGUGCCUAUCCCUUCAGCUUGCUUUUCUAGGUUUGUUUUCCACUUCCCCAAGUGAUAUUUUACAGUGCCAGUUAACCAACAAGCAUGUUUUUGGGAAACAAGACAAAGUCAUUGCAUGCAGCAGAAGCCCCAGCAGUCAAAAGAAAACAUGCAAACUCCACAAAGACGGCACCCAUUUAUCAGAAUGGAACCCAGGUUCCUGGAGCUGUGAAGUGGCAAUACGUACUAUGGGCUGUGCCUUACAUUUUGUACUAGCAAUGUUGCUAUCUCAUCUAACCAUUUUAGGACCCAUUUUCAAAACCAGCUUUGCAACUGAGUGAUUAUAAAUUAAGGACAUUUUAUAGGCUUCUGCACACUUUGGCUUUUUUUUGCAGGUAGCAAGCACGUGGUUGAGAUCUCAAUUCAAAUAGUAGCUUACGAGGUGGCAGUUGCGCAUCGAUCCAAAAUAUUCAAGUGCUCCAGCUCCUAUUUCUGCUUUUUGUAUUUGUUCUCUCUGGAUUCAUAGCCAAGUUCUGCUGAUGGCUUUGGGAACAAUGGCUCAGUAAUAAGUAAACUGUUCAAGUCAGCUGUCAAAUCAUAUUGGCUAAAGGCAAUUGUCAAGUCAAUGAAUGGCAGGGCAAAGAAAAUAAAUGGACAUGAGACUGGGCUGUGGUUGAACAAAAAACUAUAAAAAGUGGAUUCCAUUAAAAAAAUAAUAAAGUUAUUUUGAGCUUGUAUGUGUAGCUUAUUCUGGGCUGGAGGGAAUUGAAAGGGACAGUUAUUUAAGUACAUAAAUGAAAGUAAAGUGGGAUCCUUGAGAGGCUCAAUUUUUGAAUGCUGAUGAGCACUUUAUGUAUUUAGUCGUUUGCUCUUUUGGUGUUCAGUAAAACGAUGUUCACAUAGUUCACUGUUUGGAGAGAGGGAAAAUACUGAAGAUGCUGGAAAUAAGAUGUAAAAAAAAAUGUAAGAAAUUGCAGACUUGUCACCAACUGUGGCAAAAGAAUAAUUAAACUGUUUU